AUGGACGUCCAUCGCUGCCGCUUUGUUCCUUACCCUGCCUCUACCAUCAAUGCUGUCGCUUUCUCACAUUCCUCGCUUCCUGCCACGGUCAAGAAGGGGUCGCAUAGGCAUGCAGUCCGCCUCGCUGUCGGACGAGCAAACGGCGACCUUGAAAUCUGGAACCCACUGAAGGGCAUAUGGUACCAAGAACUUGUCAUACCCGGAGGCCAAGACCGGAGCAUAGAUGGCCUGGUCUGGGUCACCGAACCAGACGAAGUGCUAGCCGAUGGGAAGAUUAUCCACGGCAAAUCAAGGCUCUUCAGCAUUGGAUACACCACGACCAUCACAGAAUGGGACUUGGAGAAGGCCCAGGCGAAGACACAUGCCAGCGGGCAGCACGGCGACAUCUGGUGCCUUGCUGUCCAGCCCCUCUCGUCUGGAGGCACCAACCCCAACCAAACCCGGAAGCUCAUCGCGGGCACCAGCGACGGCAGCCUUAUCAUGUACUCGAUCGAGGAUGACGACCUACGCUUCCAAAGAGCCAUGUUCAAGACCCCCACCAAGAAGGUGAAGAUGGUCAGCAUGACCUUCCAAUCUCGACACGUCGUCAUCGUUGGCUGUUCAGAUAGCACGAUCCGCGCCUACGACGUCCGGAACGGCGCGACAAUAAGACAUAUGACCCUUGGAUCCGAUCUCAACGGUAGCGGCUCAAAAUUCAUCAUCGUUUGGGCGUUGAAAUGCCUACGGAACGGUGAUAUAGUGUCCGGCGAUUCGACGGGCCAGAUUUGCAUCUGGGAUGGCAAGACAUAUACCCAGGCACAAAGGAUUCAGAGCCACACACAGGAUGUUCUGAGUCUGGCCACGAGUUCCGACGGCUCCAGAAUUAUCUCCGGUGGUAUGGACAGGCGGACAGUUCUUUACGAGACGAUGCCUGGACAAGCCGGCCGCUGGACCAAGGUCUGGCAUCGCCGGUAUCACAGCCAUGAUGUCAAGACCAUGGCCUCGUUCGAAGGGGAAGGGUUGAGCGUGGUCGUUUCCGGAGGUCCCGAUUCCACCCCGCUUGUCUUGCCGCUCCGAGGAGCUGGAAAAGAGUAUCAUAGAGCUCUGUCUCAUCUCCCUCAAGCCGCACCGCUACAGAGCGCCCCGAGGGCUCGGCUAAUGAUUAGCUGGUGGGAGAGGGAGGUCCAAAUCUGGCAACUUCCCAAACCGUUCAAGGAGGCGCUCAAGGGCAGCACGGAACCCGAUCCGGUGAACAAUCAUAAAAAGCUGGGCCGGAUUCUCGUAAAGGGAGAAUCGAACAUCACGUCCGCCACCAUUAGCGAAGAUGGCAUUCUGCUCGUGGUCUCGACGGCCUCGGAUGUCAAGGCGUUCAAACUUGACCUCCCCCAGUCACCGGGGGACUCGUUCAAGGUGUCUAAAGCGAACGUGCUGGCAACCAGCCGUGGCGCGACGAAGGUCCAGAUCUCACCCGACAAGAAUUGUAUUUGCUGGAUCGAAGAAGGCAGCAAGGUCAUGGUUGCGCAGAUCGUCACCGUCGAGUCAGCGGCUGGUCCAUCCUACACCAUCCAACGGCCCUCUCCUCUGAGGCGAUUACGGCGCGAUAUCUCCAAAUACACUCUACUGGGUGGUCUCGGGACCUACGACAGGAGUAUUUCGCAUGUUGCAUUUUCCGCCGAUAGUAAGAUGCUCGCCGUCACCGACUUGGCAGGGUACAUCGACACCUGGAUCUUGCGUGGCCCUGGGAGCAAGCAACAGAAUGGAAAAGGCGGCGAGGAUGACGACGACGCAAUCUCCUCUGCGUCGUCAGAGGACUCAUCGGAUGAUGAGCAGACCGGAGAGCAAGGCCCGCAAUGGAUUCGUAAUCCCAGGGCGUCGCUAAUGCCGAGGCUUUCGGCCCAGCCGGUCUGUCUGUCAUUUUCAAGUCAGACCCCCGGGUCGGUGGCUCGGAAUGGCGGGCCUCAGGCUGAUGACUAUACCCUCCUGGCCAUCACGACUUCGAGGGAGCUGUUCACAUUCAACCCGUUACGCGGCGCCCUCUCGGAUUGGUCGCGGCGAAACCCUUACGUCAGGAUUCCCGAGAAAUUCCGGGCAACCCGGGACCUCGUCAAGGGCGCUCUGUGGCAGGGCUCGAGGGUGUGGAUCUACGGUGUGUCCUACUUGUGCAUGCUAGAUCUGUCUGUGGAUCUCACCCCGGAAAUGGUAUCCUCCAUGAAGGAAGGCGAGAAAAGGCAGGGAACGAAGCGAAAGCGAAACGGCACCGAUAGCGGAGCUGGCGGCAAGAUGGAGAAACAUUCCCGCGUGCCCCAGAACGUCCGGAUGGUCUUGGACGCGGAAAAGAAGCAGUGGGUGGAGGUAGACAUGGCAGAGGCGGAUGACCAGCAGAGCGGCAGCGGGCUCGACGACGACGAGGACGACGACGACGAUGACGAGGACAUGGGUGGCAGCGAGCUGCAGCUGAUGAGGGAUCAGCAGGAAGCCAAUGGGAAAGGUGCCGAGAAAAGGGAGGAGAGGACGCCGUGGUGGCAGACGUACAAAUACAGGUCGAUCUUGGGCAUUGUGCCCCUUGGGACCGCCGAUGUGGAGCACGAAGGGGUUGGCCCUGAUGAGUCCCCCCCGCUAGAGGUCGCACUCGUCGAGAGACCAAUCUGGGAGGUGGACCUCCCACCACGAUACUUUGGAGAAGGCGAACUGGAGCGUUGA